AUGUCCGAGCAAGAUCCUUCCCCCUUCUUGUCCAUGGCAGGCUCCCACGACUACGCGGAGUCCAGCACCUCGUCCCCCCGAUCCCGACGCUCGACCGUGCGAGUGGCGUGCAAUGCGUGCCGAGCGAAGAAGAUCCGGUGUGACGGCCAGCGCCCGGUGUGCGGGUGGUGUGCGGCGCGACCAGGAACGGUGUGUGUGUACGAUACGGGCAGCUCGGACGAGACGCGAUCUGCCGCGCUCCGGCGAGAGAACGAGAGCCUGAGGACGAGCCUGAACCAAGUCAACAGUCUGUUGCAGCCGCUGUUGACCCUGCCCGAGGAAGAGAGCAUCCAGUUGCUCAAACGCCUCCGGUUAAGCAGAGAGCUUGAUGUGAGUUCUGUGACGGGCGGCACGGAUUCGUAUUGGGGAGGCGCGUCGAUCGAGCAGUCCCCGCGAUUCCACGACAAUCUGCGAAACCCGGAAAUGGACGGUGUGGUGUCCAUGGGUGCAGGGAUGUCUGGUUCGUCUUCCAGGCAGUUCCUCGACCACUCGCGAGGGCCGGAUGUGGACGGGACAGUUCCCAUCGGCGCAGAGGUUCCCGUGUCCGCUUCACGUAGUGGAACCGAACGGCGGCAGCAGCAUCAGCAGCAACAACACCAACAACACCAACCACAACAACCACAACAAUCACAACAGCCGAGCCAUCAGCAUGCGCACUUCAACUAUGGGUAG